GAGUUCCGCGGCAGCAACUGGGUCAGCAGCAGGAACCAAAAUGGCUAUUAUCUUUGACUCCUGGGUGACUGAGGCGUUGGCCCUUCUGUCAACGUUUUUUGCGAUACUAUACGUUACAUUUAAAAUCAAUUACACUUACUGGAAGAAAAAAGGUCUGCCAUAUCUAGAGCCGUUUUUCCCGCUGGGAAAUGGCUGGAACACAGCGCUAAUGAAAAAAAGCCCUGGUGAGGAUCUGAGGGACAUUUAUUUCGAAGCAGAAGGCAAGGAUGUCGUCGGUAUUUACUCCUUAAACAACCCUCUUCUCAUUGUGAGGGAUCCGGAGCUGAUCAAAACGAUCAUAGUGAAGGAUUUCAACUACUUUCCCGACCGGGGCAUCUACGUAGACGAGGAGACAGAUCACCUGUCGGCGCACCUCUUCUUCCUCGGAGGAACCAAGUGGAAGGGUCUGCGACAGAAGCUGACGCCCACGUUCACGUCGGGAAAAAUGCGCGCCAUGUUCGGCAUAGUGCGCGACUGUGCGCAGAUUCUGGCUGACGUCACACCUGCGGGCAGUGUUGUGGAAGUCCGCGAGCUGAUUGCCCGCUACGCCACUGACGUCAUUGCCUCCUGCGCCUUCGGCAUCGACGUUGACAGCCAGCACAAACCCGAGGCGGAGUUCCGGCAAUGGGGCAAGCGCUUCUUCAAGCCAUCUCUGCGUACAUACCUGACUCAGGCUCUGGGAUUCUCCAAUCCAAAACUACGCACACUUUUGCCUAUAGCCUUCACGCCAAAGGACAUCACCGAGUACUUCACAAAGGUCGUCAGGGACACAGUCAAACACCGAGAGGAGACAGGGGUCAUAAGAAAGGACUUCCUGCAGUUGAUGAUUCAGUUGAAGAACAAUGGAUACGUGGAUGACAGCUUCUCAAUCACUGGGCGGAAAAAUUCUGAACAAAAGACCCUGACAACUAAGGAGGUGGCAGCGCAGGCGUGGGUGUUCUUCCUCGCUGGGUUCGAGACUUCCUCCACCACCGUAAGCUUCUGCCUGUAUGAGCUCUCUAAACACCCGGACAUCCAGAAGAAACUGCAAGAAGAAAUUGACGACAUGCUGAGAAACACCAAAGGUGAUGUGACGUACGAAGUUAUUAUGACCGAGAUGCCAUACUUGGAAAAGGUGGUGAACGAAACCCUUCGUAUGUAUCCGCCCGUUCCAGCUCUCAAUCGCGAGGUGGUACAGGAUUAUAAACUGCCAGGGCACGACUGCGUCUUGGAGAAAGGAACUAAGGUGAUCAUUCCCAUCAUGGGACUCCAUCACGACAGCAAGUUCUUUCGAAACCCUGAGGAAUUCGACCCGGAGCACUUCUCUGAGGAGCAGAAGGCAUCCAGGCAUCCUUACAGCUAUCUACCCUUUGGCGAAGGGCCUCGGAUUUGCAUUGGCAUGCGUUUCGGAUUGAUGCAAGUGAAGUUAGCACUGAUACACCUGCUGUCAAAAUUUGACUUUCUGCCCGCUGGCGAUAAGCAGUCGAAUCUACGCAUGGCUCCCAACAACAUCGUGCUGACACCAAUCGGCGGAAUCGACCUGAAGGUGGAGCGGAGACAAGUGGCUGCAAGUUGAACACCCUCAGUCGACAGCUUGUAGCACAAUAGGAUGCUCGACCUAAAUUUAAAUAGUGUGAAAGACGGUGUAAUCAAGUGCUGACCUAAUCUUGAUGUAUUACACUUAAUGAACUUAAAUGUGUUAGUUAACAGUGAUUAAUUCCACACGUUGGAUUCUGAGCAAAAGACUGAAAUUAAAUUUACUAUGGAACUCAAAAGCAAUAAAACUGUACUCAUAUA